AUGUCUCGCAAAGGCGUCGGCAUCGCCGCCUUCGACCGCUCGCGCCUCACCUCGCGCCAAUUUGCCUCCCACGGCUCCUCCCUCCGCGCCACAAACGCCCAGGCCCUCGAGACCCAGCUCGCCGUCUUCCGCUCCCUCCUCCAGCAGUUCGCCGCCACCCACGCAAAGGACAUACGCUCCGACCCGUCCUUCCGCGCCCAGUUCGCGCGCAUGUGCUCCGCCAUCGGCGUCGACCCCCUCGCCUCCUCGUCCUCCUCCUCCUCUGCCAAGGGAGGAGGAGGAUCAGGAGGCGGCAAUUCAGUCUGGGCGCAGCUGCUAGGCCGCACCGUCAACGACUUCUACUUUGAGCUCGCCGUCCGCAUAGUCGAAGUCUGCGGCGCCACGAGGGCCGAAAACGGCGGCCUCAUUGCCCUGGCCGACCUCCGCGAGCGCGUCUCCCGCGGCCGCAUGGAGGGCGCCGACUCCAUCAGCGACGACGACGUGCGCCGCGCCGUCGAGACGCUCAAGCCGCUGGGCAGCUACGCCGUCGUCGUCGUCGGCCGCAAGGAGUACGUCCGCAGCGUCCCGCGCGAGCUGAGCACAGACCAGGCCGCCGUCGUCGAGGCCGCGCAGGUCCUGGGCUGGGUGAGCGUCAGCAUGCUGCGGGACAAUCUCGGGUGGGAGGCGGCUAGGUGUAGGACCGCGCUCGACGAUCUCGUCGCGGGAGGGAUGCUCUGGGUGGAUGGGCAGACGGGUGGCGAGGCCGAGUAUUGGAAUCCGGGCGUCAUGGGGGAUGCUGGACAUGACGGUGGCGCUGGUGUUUGA